UGGGAGGCGAAUGGCCAAGGUCGUACGGGACUUCCUGAAGGCCCAGCAGGUGCAGGCGCCCGUGGAGCUCUACUCCGAUUGGCUCUCUGUGGGCCACGUGGAUGAGUUCCUGAGCUUUGUGCCCACCUCUGACCAAAAGGGCUUCCGGCUGCUCUUGGCGAGCCCCAGCGCUUGCCUCAGACUAUUCCAAGAGAAGAAAGAGGAGGGGUAUGGGGAGGCCGCCCAGUUUGAUGGGUUAAGUCACCAGGUGAAUAGAAGCAUUAAUGAGAUGCUGGCGGACCGUAGUCUCAGGAGGGACAGUCUCUAUGUACAGAAAUGCAUCGACUGGAACCGGGAGGUGCUGAAGCGGGAGCUGGGCCUGACCGAGCGGGACAUCGUGGACAUCCCCCAGCUCUUCUCCCUGAAGGGCUCCUAUGCAGAAGCCUUCUUCCCUGACAUGGUCAACAUGGUGGUCUUAGGCAAGUACCUGGGCAUCCCCAAGCCCUUCGGACCCAUCAUCAAUGGCCACUGCUGCCUGGAGGAGAAGGUGCGGUCCCUGCUGCAGCCGUUGGGCCUCCACUGUAUCUUCAUCGACGACUAUUUGUCCUACCACAAGCUGCUCGGGGAGAUCCACUGCGGCACCAAUGUGCGCCGGAAGCCCUUCUCCUUCAAGUGGUGGCACAUGGUGCCCUGAGCCUGCCUCCACCCGCCAUCCCCUCUUCCCACCUGCCAGGGAGCCCCGCCAGGGUGAGGGCGAGGAACCUCCACCCGGCCUCCAU